AGCACUGCUCCGGCCGCAGGUAGCGGAGGCAGGGGAAGCGGCGCGCGGGACUCAGCGGAGCGCCCGGGGAGGGGCCGACGGACACGCGGACAGACGGAUCUCCCAAUCCCCUCCCUGGACAGUAGCGACCGUCCGGGCCGGCCAUGUGGGGACCCGGAGUCACAGCGGAGGGCCUAUCGGUGGCGCCGGCACCGCCGCCGCUGCUGCCGCUGCUGCUACUGCUGGCGCUGGCGCUGGUGGCGCCCUCGCGGGGCGGCGGGGGCUGCGCGGAGCUGGCGUGUGGCGAGCGAGAGCGCUGCUGCGACGCGGCCAACGCCACAGCGGUGCGCUGCUGCAAGCUGCCUCUGCACGCCUUCCUCGACAACGUGGGCUGGUUCGUCCGCAAGCUCUCUGGGCUGCUUAUCCUGCUAGUGCUCUUCGCCAUCGGCUACUUCCUGCAGCGCAUCAUCUGCCCCAGCCCACGCAGGUACCCCCGCGGUCAGGCGCGGCCCGGGCAGGCACGGCCCGGGCCGCCGGGGGGCGCAGGGCCGCCGGGGGCCGCGGGGCCGCCCGACGACGACGACGACGACUCGCCCGCGCUAAUGCGCGACGAGGUGGCCGCCGGCUCUCAGGACUCGCUGCUGGACAGUGGUGGCGGGGGCCGAGGCCGGGGAGGCGGCGGGCGCUCGGCCCCCUCCUGCGCCUCGGAGCACGAGCUUCGCGUAGUCUCGCCGGUCUUCCUGCAGCUGCCCAGCUACGAGGAAGUCAAGUAUCUGCCCACUUACGAGGAGUCCAUGCGGCUGCAGCAGCUCAGCCCCGGGGAGGUCGUGCUGCCCGUGUCGGUGCUCGGCCGCCCGCGAGGCGGCGGCGCUGGGGAGUCGGACGGCGGCGAGGGCCGCUUCCCGCUCAUCUGAGCGUCUGCGGCCGCUCGAGGACCGCGCGGACCGAACGCGGCUAGGGGGGCUGCGGGUGGGACGCAACGACCGAGGUGGCCGCUGCCACCGCCGACUGCCUCAGACCCCGCCUGGCACCCGGGUCAAAUCGCCUGUCGUCCGGCGCCUGGGUUGGAGUCCCACCCCCACUCCCGCUUUCCCCCGGGAUCUUAAGUUUCCCUACGUUUCAUUCGGUUCAAGGAAACGUUAGGCGCGCGCGGCAGGGGCUACGGCCCCGGACGAGUCUGGAGUGCAACUUCGAAGGACGUCCCCGCCCUCAGCCUCUCCUCAGUCCUGUGUUCACUCGUAAGUGCCUGCUUUCCGAAUCAAAGAGAACACGUGAGCCCUUUAGUGCGUCGAGCGAAAGGCAGUAACCUUUAGGGAUGAGGGGAAAGGACGCAGUUCCAUACCUCUGCCUCUCGCUUGGACAGGUCACGGUCUCCCAAGAUGGGCGGAGGCCGAGGAGCCGUAGGGGCGAGCGGCAACUGGAGACUGCUGCGCGCGGUCUGGGAGAGCAGCACCUAGAUGGUGUUCGAAGAAAUCUGACAAGUGAUUUUGCCACAAUUCUAUCUGCAGAUCAAGAAAUCUGCAAAACAAAUAAAAAUCCAUAUAUUUUAUUAUGGAUAUUACCUUUUUAUACCGUAG